UGUCGAGUCGACGGACGACGAACGACAAGCGGCGCGGACCAGGUGCCAGCCGCGACGCACAACUAAAGCCGACCACUCAGUUCUGAGCAUUAUCCAUCGACGGCAAAGAGGGCGGUUGAAGCAGCAUGGCGAGCGCUAAAUAUAGCGCCGCUGAGCCAAGUCAAUGACAGUGUACGACGAUGACCUUCAAGAACAUCAGCGCGCGGACCCGGGACGAGCGCAAGGCCGUGCGGGACAAGGAAACAUGGGAGAAGGAUCGGCUCAAGGCGCGCAAGGAAGGCUUCAUUCGCGUCGACACGUCCAUUUCGGGCAGCGCCAUGACCGUCCAGGCCCAAGGGUCGCAAGGGUUCAUGUCGGACGCCGACCGCUUUCAUACAGACGUCGCGGGCGAAGAAAAGGUCCUGCGCGAGUCGCGCCACGCCAAACACCAGCUUGUCUAUGACCACAAGCGCCGAGACAACCAGCUUCGCGAAGACCAGCGCUGGAAGACCAUGGACGCCAAGGCGGCGGAGGAGAAGCAGCGCUGGGAUCGGCUCCGCGACGACGGUGGCAAGGCGCGUCGCAACAAGGCGUCGUGCGAAUACAACCUCGUGACGCUCAAGUACAACGACGGUAAGGACGGCGAGCGCCUCAUGAAGGCAGACAAUGAGAUCCGCCACCGCGCCGCCGUGCGCGCCGCGAACCUGCAGUUCCAGAACUCCCGCGCCGGCAUCAACCCGAUUACAGGCGACCCGAUUGCCCGUGUAUCGUUCUCGUAGUAGAUAGCAUCCUAUCGACUAGAUGACUAACUAUAAUGCAAGCACGCAGGAGGGGCAACGACUGAACUUUCAGAUCGAAAGAUUUGGCGCCACGACCGCGACCCUUCAACACGAAAA